UUUAUUUAUUUAUUUUUUACUGUGAGAAGGAGUACUCGCAUUGACUGUCCCUGGGAGUUUGGCGGUGCAGACGCGGGCAUUUCCUGUGGCAGGCGGGGAUGUGGCGGGGAUGCUCCGGGCACCGCGAGCCUCCCCGCAGCCCUGAGCGCCUUUGGCAGCUCUCCCGGGCUCUGGGGCAGAGCGGCCGCAGGAGCCGUGCUCUGCCGGGGCCUUUCCCGCUGCCCAGGUUUGCUCCGUGGCUGUCUGUGCAGCACGACUGCGCUGCCGAGCGCCACCGGCUGACGCAGAGCAGCUCCCAAACCUGGAGGUGCCGGGAAGAGCGUCCUGGAAUCCCGGAGUGAGCCCCGAGGCACCAGGGAGCUGCUCUCCGCCAGCACCGCCCGCUCGGCUUUGGGGUUAUAAAAGCUCCGUGUGCCUCUCAGAAAAGCACCUGGAAAAGGGGAGUGUGGCAUCGCUGUCUUUGGACGACACCUGCCCGUGAUUUCACACGCUCUUCCUUCCUGGCGCGCUCCAGUCAAGCCUCUGCAAAGAUUUCCCGGUGCCGCGUCCUUCCUCACCGGUCGGGGACGGGCACAACCAGUUCAAUGCAGGCUCUGGGAUUUUUUCGGCGCUCUCUCGGAGUAUACGUGCUCUAAAUGCCUACAAUACAGAGGAAUCCAGCUGCUCCUAAUGGGAUGCAUUUGCAGAGAGGAAGAAUUCCUCAUUUAAGAUGGGUAAUAAGCAAACGAUAUUUACUGAUGAACAGCUAGAUGCCUACCAGGAUUGCACGUUCUUCACUCGGAAGGAAAUCCUCCGGUUGCAUGGCCGGUACCAUGAAAUGGCACCAAACGUUGUGCCCAUGGACUACACAAAGGACCCAGAUGUCAAACUACCUAUGCAGCUCAUAAUAAACAUGCCUGAGCUAAAGGAGAAUCCCUUCAAAGAAAGGAUUGUGUCAUCGUUCUCCGAAGAUGGAGAGGGCAGCCUGAGCUUCAAUGACUUUGUGGAUAUGUUCUCUGUGCUCAGUGAGAUGGCUCCCAGAGAGCUCAAAGCAAUCUAUGCCUUUAAGAUCUACGAUUUUAACACAGAUAACUUCAUUUGUAAAGCAGACCUGGAGCAAACCCUCAAUAAGCUGACCCGGGAGGAGCUGACAGCAGAGGAGAUCACCCUGGUGUGUGAGAAGGUGAUAGAAGAGGCUGACAUGGAUGGGGAUGGGAAGCUGGGCUUUGCAGAUUUUGAAAACAUGAUUUCCAAAGCACCAGACUUUCUCAGUACUUUCCACAUCAGAAUCUGAAGAUGUUUCUGAGAGCCAGUGUUAUCAGAAAUGACUUUGCCAGCCCAGCCUUUCUGAAUCUCAGGCACUCCAGGGGUUUCUGUCCUCUAAUGAGGGCUUCUCAGAACUCAGCAGAAAGUACUGAAGUAAUUCUGGUCCACAAGGAGACAGAAGCAUCAUGUGUUCUACAGGAUACUUGGAACAGUCACAUUUUUAUCUUCACUGCUGGCCAAGCACUCUGGCAAAGAUGGUUGGUAGUUGGGUUGUGGUUUUUGGUUUUUUUCCCCCCCUUUUUUUAAACGGUCAGAAUCAGAAUAUUAUUAAAGGUAUUUCCACAUAAUUUUUAUAUUUAUGAAUAUUUAAUACUGCUCUUAAAAGUGCAAAAAAAAAAAGAGACAGAGAGAAGGGUUAGCUUUGGUGUGUUUUCCAAGAGGAUUUGAAAGAAAGCACGGGCCUUAACUACUGAGAUGCCUCUAUCACUGUGUUGGACAGCUGGGGGUCUUGCACGGAAAUUCUCUGAGGGGAAAGAACUGCAGCCAAGAUCAAGCUCCCAGUGUUGAAGACAACCACAGCCCAGGUUUGCCUCUCAGCCUCUGAAAUGGCAGCUGCUGGGUUUGGUGCUUACCUUCAACCAGUAUUUUAUGGAUCGUGGUGUCCUUAUGAAACUUGAAACCCCUGCCUUUUGUACGAGAUCCCUUCCUCCCCGAGGUCAGUGCUCCAACUGUGUCCUUACUCCAGUGGGGCUCCUGCAUUUCACUCACUCUGUGGGCUGGUGAUGUCGAGUGGACGAACAUGAUCCCCUGGAACUCAUGAAGAAGUUGAAGAAGCACAGAACUCCUCCUAAGGACAUGAAAAGACAUUUUCUUUCUAAACCAGCUAUGCAAUCUUUCCCAUAAAGUGCAUGAAUGCAGCUCUAUAUUUCUCUUCCCCCUCCAGCUGGAAAUCAGCUAGAUCUUUCUUUUUUUUCCACUUCCAGUAUUGUUUGGGUACUGGGGCCUGGAGACAAUCAUGUGUGUAUUAAUUACUGUUCUAACAGUCAAUAGAAGGGCUCUGUCACCUACAUGGCUUCUGUAUCAAAGUCAUCACCAUUAAAACCUUUGAGUCAUUC